AUGGAAAAUUCCCAAGAUGAUGAUUUUUUUAUGUCUUCUUUUUCACUAUCAAAUCUGUUGCAAACACAUGGUGAUUUAUAUAGAGAUAAUUUAUAUGAUGAGAGUUUAGAAAGUGGUGAAAAAUCUGAUUCUUUGGAUGAAAGUUCAGAAGCUAAAAAAGAUUUAUCAGCUUUAGCAUCAGCUACUACAACUAAAAAUAGUCAAUUCUUAAAUAAACCUA